AUGGAGAGGAUCAACAUUCGGCGGAUGAAGAAUUUGCUCUCUCCAUCUCAGCAAUACCCUGGACGUCUCGUUGCUGAUGAAGAAGAAGCUCUACCCGACAAGCCAGCCACAAAUGUCUAUAUCAUGUCCUCGGUGAAAACGCAGUUCUUCUCCGUCCGCGACGCCCUCGCCAUGCACAGAGAAUUGCAGUGUCCCGAGAUCUACAACCGGCCAAACGCGCCCAUCAAGCUGCGCAUCGAGCUGAACAUGAGCACCGAGAAAUCGACGAAAAUGAUCUCAAACCACGACGAAAUCGUCCCCGUUCCCUUCCCGUUCAAGCACCAGGAAAAGCGUACGAUUCUCGCGUUUGUCAACGAUUUGAAGCUGCAGGAAGCUGCCGUUGAAAGUGGCGCCGAGCUCUCCGUCGGGCAGGACGUCGUGAAGAAGAUUAUCAAGGGGCAAUUCCGCACUGACGACUACGAUUUUUGCGUUGCGCACACCGAUAUGGCUCCUCAUAUUUUGCCGCUUCGCGGGCUGCUCCGGUCAAAGUUUCCGAACAAGGUCAAUGGCGGUCUCGGCGACGAUCUGCCUGCCAUCAUUGAUCGUUUCCGCAACGGCGUGAAGCUGUCGAUCAAGGGCGACCCGGUAUACCCAAUUUGGGGACUCGCUGAGCCGGUGGUCGGCAGAUUGUCGAUGAGCGAUGACCAGCUCGAAGAAAACAUUGCCGCCAUCGUUCAGGCCCUCUGCGUCCAUCGCAGCCCCGCGCUGGGCCCUUUUAUUAAUCGUUGCCUGAUGAUGACGAUUCCCGGCGAGGCCCAUUUUGCGUUGGACGUGAAGAAGUGGGAGCCGGUGGCUACCGAGGAGGAGCUGGAGAAGAUGGAUGCCCGGCGCAACAAGAAAAAAGCAAAAGAAGGACGCCGCCGCCAAGCCAAA